AUGUUGGAAUCGCUACAGGCAGACUUCGAGCCUUCAGAGGUCACCUUAUUAAAAGACACAUCAUUUACACCCUUGUUGGGAGAAAAUCCGAUUCUAGCAUCUGCAUUAUCAAAUAUAUUCCCAUAUUUAUUGUUAAUUGACAAUUUUUUGGAGCUAGUAACAUGGACGAAUGAUGAUCCGUAUCAGAAUUUCUUAAUGGUUGUCAUUUACUCAACAAUAGUUCUCUAUUGGCAAAUAUGCAGUGUGUUGAUACUCCCGUUAAUAUGUUCAACGUUGUUCAGCAUAUUGGUGUGGUCCAUUUCCUCAGUAAUCAAUGAUUCCAAAUUCAAUGAAAAGCCGACCAUAGAUGAAGUCUUGCAUAGUUUACAUAACAUCACAGUUCGUUUUGAAUUGCUAUUAAGACCUGUAAAGCAUUUCACCAUCACUAAAAAGACAUUGCUAGUGAUAUUCUUCAUGACUUCUAUCCUCACACCUGUUCAUGUUUUCUUAGUCACCCAUGUUUUCCCACCACAGAAGUUUUUAUGGCUCUUUGGUGUAUUUAUGUUAACUUAUCACUCACCUUGGUCUUUUUCGACCAGGAGAUUACUUUGGAGAUCCGUAUAUGUGAGAAUAAUCGCUUUUUAUUUAACUGGAUUAGAUAUUAAAUUGGAUAGAAGAAACCAGAAUCAUCACUUACCUGUAUCAAGGAUACACAGCCCUUCUGUCAGUGAGGCUGAAGAAGACGAUGCUAAGUAUAACCACAAGCAGAAAUUACAGUUGUUAAGUGACUUUAAAAUUUUGAAAAAAAUAGUUGCAUCCCCAACCCAGUUAAAGCAAAUUGUGUUAUUUGAAAUAUUGGAAAAUGAACGUAGAUGGUUGGGCCUCGGCUGGACUUCAUUCUUGUUGCCUAAUGAAAGACCAAACUUUUGCUAUCAGCAAUCUAUGAUGACGUCUCCUCAUGUUCAGGGAGCAGCAGUUGAUGGACAUGAGAGCAACGAUAAAUUCCCCUUCCCUGUGUUUGAAAAUGAUUUGUAUUCAUACCUGUGGGACUGGUUGGACGAGAGUUGGUCGAUUGACAAAGAAUUCAAUAAAGGUAAAGACGCAGAAGGAUGGAGCUAUUUUGAUAACAAUUGGUUAAAUCAAGCUUACGAGGAUGGAAUUACGAAGUAUACUAGGUCUAGAAAAUGGAUUAGAAGGGCCGUUUUGAUAAUAGAUAAAAGGAACGAAGUAAAUGAUAAUUAA